AUGGACAGGCGCCUCAGAAUUGAAGAGACCUGGAAGUUGUGGCAGAAGUUUCUGGAAGAUUACACUCGAUACGACGACUGGCUGAAGACUUCUGAGAAAAUUGCUGCUUUGCCAAAUUCCUCCAACGUCCUGUACACUGUGGCCAAGGAGGAGCUGAAGAAGUUUGAGGCGUUUCAGAGGCAGGUCCAUGAAAGUUUGUCCCAAUUGGAGGUGAUAAAUAAGCAGUACCAGCGUUUGGCUCGAGAGAAUCGCACUGACUCCAGCUGCAGACUGAAGGACAUGGCCAACGACGCUAACCAGAGGUGGGACGACCUGCAGAAGAGAGUGGGCUCCAUCCUGCGCAGACUCAAGCACUUUAUAAAUCAGAGAGAGGAGUUUGAAACAGCCAGAGAUGGGAUCCUGGUUUGGCUGACGGAGAUGGAUCUGCAGCUCACCAACAUCGAACAUUUCUCUGAGUGUGACAUUCAGGCCAAGAUCAAACAACUCAGGUCCUUCCAGCAGGAGAUCUCUCUGACCACAGCUAAAAUCCAGCAGAUCUUUCAUCAGGGGGAGGCUCUGAUAGAGAAGAGCGAGCCCCUGGACUCUACUGUGAUCGAGGAGGAGCUGGAGGAGCAGCAACGAUACUGUCAGGAGGUGUUCGGACGAGUCGAGAGAUACUACAAGAAACUCAUACGUCUGCCUCUUACAGACGACGAUACCGAAGUGUCCUUCUCAGACCGAGAGCUGGAGCUGGACGAGGCUGGGGACAUGUCCAGUGUCCCGUGGAGCGAGCGCUUAGGAGACGGUCUCCAGUCGCCUCUGCCCUCGUCCGGACGCUCUCUGGCGGCUCAGCUCAGGACGGAGCACUCUGGACGUGACACUCCUGCAAGUGUGGACUCCAUCCCGCUGGAGUGGGAUCAUGACUACGACCUGAGCCGAGGUCUGGAGAGCGCCAGCCGGGCCCUGAGGGAGCAGCAGAGCGAGGAGGGGGACUUCCUCCAGAGAGCUGCCUCUGCCCUGUCCGAUGUAGAGAUUCCAGAGAGCCCUGAAGCCUUUGUUAAACUAACUGAGCAAACUCUGAGGUCUUCCACUGGGGAAGCAGCCUCCACAGACUCCCCGUCACUGGACAUCCUUCGUUUCCACCAAUCAGAGCGCAGCCGAACUCCAACAGGAGCGGAGCUGGAUGGGUCUUAUAUGGGAUAUCUGAGACUGCUGGGUGAGUGCAGAGGAAGCAUAGACACAGUGAAGAGGAUGGAGUUUGAGCUGAAAGAAGAUGAAGAUUCAGCUUCAGGACUCGCGGAUCCAAACAGCUCUGAGUCCCAGACCUCCGGUGUGAUCGAGCGCUGGGAGCUGCUGCAGGCUCAGGACUUGAGCAAAGAGCUGCGAACGAAGCAGCGGCAGCAGCAGUGGCAGCAGCUGAACUCAGACCUGAACAACAUCUGGAGCUGGUUAGGAGAAACAGAAGAACAUCUGGAGCUUCAGAUGAGACUGAACCUCAGCACGGAGAUCCGAACCAUCGAGCAGCGCAUCAAGAAACUGAAGGAGUUGCAGAAGGCCUACGACAAGAGGAAGGCCAUUGUUCUCUCCAUAAACCUGUGCAGUGGAGAGUUUGUGCGCUCAGAGUCUGUGGAGUCCAGAGAACUUCAAAUAAAACUCAAAGAUAUGAACAACCAGUGGGACAGACUGGGUUUGUCUCUGGACCAGUGGAGGACCUCGUUACAGGAGGCUCUUAUGCAAUGUCAGGACUUCCAUGAGAUGAGCCACGGUUUGUUGCUCUGGUUGGAAAACAUAGACCGCAGGAGGAAUGAGGUGGUUCCUAUUGACCCAAUUCUGGACAGUGACACUCUGCAGCAGCAUCACAAGACACUGACGCAAAUCCGCCAGGAGCUCUUGGACUCGCAGCUGAAGGUCGCCUCGCUCCAGGACAUGUCGCUGCAGUUGCUGGUCAACGCUCAGGGCGGAGACUGUCUGGAGGCCAAAGAGAAAGUCCACGUCAUCGGGAACAGACUCAAACUGCUUCUGAAGGAGGUGACCCGGGAUCUGAGAGAGCUGGCCAAGAUAUUAGACAUCACAAGCAGUCAGCAGGACCUGUCCUCUUGGUCUUCGGCGGAUGAUCUGGACACGUCUGGAUCCCUCAGUCCGGUCUCAGGGAGGAGCACCCCGAGCCGACGCAGAUCGCAACGGGGCAAAAGUAGUGGGUCACAGCCCGGAGCGUCUGUGAGCGGUCGCAGCCCAAGCUCUCUCGGCGCUGGGUUCGCUUCCUCCCCUUCUGACUCCUCUGGACCCUGGACUCAUAAGUCCCCUUCGGACUCCUCUGGACCCCGGACUAAGAGGUCCCCUUCGGACUCCUCUGGACCCUGGCCUCAGAGGUCCCCUUCGGACUCCUCUGGACCCUGGACUCAUAAGUCCCCUUCGGACUCCUCUGGACCCCGGACUAAGAGGUCCCCUUCGGACUCCUCUGGACCCUGGCCUCAGAGGUCCCCUUCGGACUCCUCUGGACCCUGGACUCAGAGGUCCCCUUCGGACUCCUCUGGACCCUGGCCUCAGAGGUCAGUACUGCGGCGCGCCCUGUGGGUGGCGCUGCCGUUGCAGGUGUUGCUGCUGCUGCUGCUGCUGUGGUCUUUGGCGUUGCCGAUGUCGGAGGAAAGCUGUGUCCAGUCCAACGCCUUCGCUCAGUCUCUGCAGCCCAUGCUCAGCUACAGGAACGGCCCGCCUCCACUUUAG